CGAGCUCAGCGCCGCCGCCGCCGCCGCGCGCUAUUCUGGAGUAGAUCGCAUUACGUCAUGACGGCAGAGCCCAGGAGGGAUCUGAUUGGCCCGCGGACAUAAAUAAACCGUGACGUAGUGCUUACUCGUCCAGACUCCUCCUCUCACACGCAGGGAUUUUCUCUGGUCGAACUGAUCAGUGAUCAGCUGCUUCAGGCGAUGGGGGACCCCCUGUUUGAUUGCAGCCCCCUCAUCAGUGCAGCAGCCUCGGGUAAGCUCCGGCUGGUCCGCCUGCUGGUGGACGGUGGGGCUCAGGUCAACGGGCGCAACCCCCAAGGAGAGACAGCGCUGCUGGCCACGUGUAAGGCCCUGAGAGGAGAGCCGGCUGGGCCUGAUACAGUGAAGGUCCUCACAUACCUGCUCCACAACAAGGCAAAUCCUAACGUACAGGACCGCGCCGGCCGCACUGCUCUGAUGUACACCUGCAUGCAGCGAGCGGGAGCUCAGGUGGCCUCCACCCUGCUGUCUGCAGGAGCCGACCCCAGCAUGGAGGACUACUCCGGAGCCUCAGCUCUGGUGUACGCCAUCAACGCUCAGCACCAACCCACACUGGAGCUGCUGAUGGAUGCCUGUCGGGUCAGGGGUCGUGACAUCAUCAUCAUCGCCACAGAGGUUGGUGUGAGUGGAGGGCCAGUGACCAGACGUUACCUGAACGUUCCCCCGUCCCCUAACACCUCGCCGGUGUCCUGCAUGUCCCCGUCUGACAUCGUCCUCAAGACGAGCUCGCCCAGCUCACCUGAGGGAGAAAACAUCUUCAACUUCAGUGAGUCAAAGUCUAAAAGAGGAAGCAGCAGCAGACGUCCCUCCUGCGAGAUGAGUCCACUGAGCCGGUGUAACACUCCGACUCCCAGACACAGGGUGUUAUCUGAACCGUGGCUGGCCAUUCACAACCUGGCCUGUCUGAACAGAGCUUAUGAGGAGGGCACGAGGGAGAGGAGUCGGCUGGAGGAGGGAGAGGCGAGUUUCUCUCAGGCAGCCGUGAGCCGACUGAUCUCCAAGAGGAGUCUGACUCCUAGAGGGCCAGCGUUGGAGAGGAGCUCUGUCAAUAAGCUUCCUGUCUGCCCAGCCCCUCACUCCCACCUCCGCAGGAACACCCUCCCCUCUGUCAUGGUGAUCCCGCCUCCGCUUCACCUCCCGCCCUUAGUCCACCAAUCAGACUCUCACCUGCAGGUACCAAGACAGGUUUCCCUCCCUAAAAGCAGGAGCAUGGUGUUUCUGCCUCACCCGCCCAGCUCCUCUACACCCUCCUCUCCAUCAGCAGCAUCCGGGAGAACGACACUACUCCCUCCGCUCCCCCUCUCCCUCUCCCUCACCUCACUGGUGUCUCCUGCGGCCUCCUGCUGUGGUGAGAGGAGCAGGAGGUCACUGCGUCGUCACUCAGUGCAGCUCGACCCAGUUAAUAAAAGACCAGGGAUAACACUUCAAAAGAAAAAGUAACAAUGAUUUUAUACGACAAAUUAAGUACAUAAAUAAAUAGAGCUGUGCAUUUCACUGCAUGGAAGCUACUAAAAAAAGAGGAGCCACUUCUUCUGGUGUGAGUUACUGAGCAAGUUCACAAUUUAGCGAUUUUAAAGAAACCUGUGAAAAACAUUUUAAAAAACAGGCCUGAUCAGUACCAUGAUGGAUCAAAUCUUACCUGCAGGGGGCAGUGUUACACAGCGGAUAGGUUCAGAUUUUGUGUGCACAUGAACUGACUUCAUCAAAAAUCAUGUGCCCUUAGAAACGACAGGAAUUAGAACCUAAUCUUAAAAUGAUCAUACCAAUAUCAUUAAUAACAAUAAUACAAUAAUAAAAACAACAAUGAUACAAUACAUACACAAAAAAAAAACAAAAUGGAGAAAAAAAUUAAAGAGUUCACCGAUCAUCACGACACCUCUGUUAAAAAUGUACACACGGUGAACGAUGUGUGGGGCAAAGGGGUUGUUUAGUCCGACCCUCCACUGAAUCUGUCGGGAACAGAAACAACGAAAAAAAAAA